GUGUGGAGCGGCUCAGGGGAUGGCUCUUGGCGGAGGGAUGUCAGUGGGGAAAGGCGGAGGGGAUGCUGCUGAGCGGAGGGAUAUCUCUGGGGGUAGCUGAUAGGACAUCGCUUGGUGGUGGUAUAUCAGUGUGUGAUGGACAUCACAGAAAUCAUCAAGGGAAAAUGUGAGAGUGAUGAGGACAAGCAGCAUUUCAUUCCUGUGCACCUGGUAACAGCUGAGAAUGAUUUCCUUCAUAACCUGGUGAAGAAGGCAGUGGAGGGGAAGGAGAUCAACCACAAAGGACAAGGCUUCUGGGUGUCUCUGAAAAUGCUGUGGGGAGACCUGAAUCAGGUGCGAAAAGAUCAUCCUCAUUUGGUGGACCGCAGCACAGUUGUGGUCCGCAAGUUAGGCUUCCCAGAGAUUAUCAUGCCAGGAGACAUCAGGAACGACAUUUACCUCACGCUUGUGCAGGGGGAGUUUGACAAGGGGAACAAGAAGACACAGAAGAAUGUGGAGGUGACAGUAUGUGUCUGUGACGAGUCUGGGAACCCGAUGCAG